UCCAGUAUUAUUUCACUAUUUUCCACCAAAUUUUCGUCCUCCCGGUGUUCCUUACAGCGUCUUUCCUGGAUAACGUGUUUAUUCAUCGAUUAUGGACGAAUUAUACUUCCGAACGACUGCAUAACAUCGGUGCGAGACGGCCGUCGAGACAUCCGUGGGUGGUGGCGGGCCCUUCUAUGACGACAUGCUUUAUAGCUAAAGCCCAGCGCGGUGUCUGCGCUGGGCGAACUUAGGAUCCAGGGCGACCAGGGCCAAUCCAAUGCCGUCAAUGGUGGGGAUCGGCAUUGUUUAGAUCGGAAUUGGAAAACUGUCUCUGGCUUAUGAUAUAGGGAUGAUGGUUCCCCCCGUUGGGGAGAGGAAGGAGGAGAAAUCUCAAUUCUCCAACUACUCAUCUUACCAUCUCCAACUACCAUAGGAGCUAUAACGAGAUCUUUUUUGAGCUUUGAAUACGGAAUUCAGAACACAUUGAGCGUUUUGAGAAUAAUUAACGCCGUAAUGGCUUCCAACGGCCACUCGACGCCUCACCACGGGCUCGAUGACGCAAAGGUUGAAGGGAUCGGCCACUUGAGCGUAUAUACAGACGCAGAGCACAGGCCUCACCCCCUCGCAUACGAGGAAGCCGACCUUGAUGAAGUAGACAUUGACGAUGACGGCGAAGGCACCCAGUACGCGCCGCUACGGCCCACUGCCACAACCGCCACCGCCGCACGCGAACGCCGCCGGAGCGGCGUUGUCGACUCCGUUCGACCAACCGACCGCGAUGAGCUGCAUCGUCUUGCUUCGAGGCUGUCUCGUCGGGACACAUAUGCUGAGCUCGGGCCUGGAGAUCCUGCAUUGGACCCAUCGUCCCCAAACUUCGAUGCGUAUAAAUGGGCGCGUGUGAUGGUGCGGUUGGGCACCGAGAAGGGGAUUGCCCAACGCAAGGCGGGAAUUGUAUUUAAGGACCUGAGGGUGACAGGAGCGGGGAAGGGUCUGAUGCUGCAAAAAACUGUUGGAUCGACGCUGGCGAUGCCAUUUAGGUUGGGGGAGGUAUUUGGGAGAGGCAAGGAGAAGGUCAUUCUUAAUAAGUUUGAGGGAGUUGUCAAACCAGGAGAGUUGUUGGUUGUGCUUGGACGGCCUGGCAGCGGGUGCUCCACGUUACUGAAGACGUUGAUGGGCGAGACGAAGGGCUUGAAAGUCGAUUCGGACUCGAUCAUCCAUUACAACGGCAUCCCGCAAAACCUCAUGACCAAGCACUUCAAGGGAGAACUCUGCUACAACCAAGAAGUCGACAAGCACUUCCCCCAUCUUACCGUCGGCGAGACUCUCACUUUUGCCUCCCGCGUCCGCACAUCCCAAGCCCACGUUACGGACCUCUCCCGCGAGGAACGCGCCGACCACAUGGCCCGCGUUAUGAUGGCCGUCUUCGGUCUAUCGCACACGUACGAUACCAUGGUCGGCAACGAGUACGUCCGUGGCGUCUCAGGUGGUGAGCGCAAGCGUGUAUCCAUCGCCGAGAUGGCCCUCUCGCGUGCCCCCAUCGCUGCUUGGGAUAACUCUACCCGUGGCCUUGACGCCGCCACUGCGCUCGAGUUCACGCGCGCCCUGCGUAUGAGCAGCAAUCUGACAGGCGCAGCGCACCUGCUUGCUAUCUACCAGGCCAGUCAGGCCAUCUAUGACGAGUUCGACAAGGCGGUUGUACUGUACGAGGGAAGACAGAUCUACUUUGGCGCCUGUGAGAACGCUAAGCAGUACUUCCUCGACAUGGGCUACGAAUGUCCGCCACGACAGACCACGGGUGAUUUCCUGACCUCGGUCACGAACCCCGUUGAGCGACGCGCGCGCCCCGGCUUUGAGGACCGUGUGCCUCGCACGCCCGAGGACUUCGAGAAGUACUGGCGCGGCAGCGCGGCCUAUGCUAUGCUACAGGCCGAGAUCAAGGAGCACGAGGCGGCGCACCCGGUGGGUGGACCUACGCUGCAGGAGUUCUAUGACAGCCGCAAGGAGAUGCAGUCGAAGCACCAGCGUCCCAAGUCGCCGUACACGGUCAGCGUAUCGAUGCAGGUCAAGUACUGCACGAAGCGCGCGUAUCAGCGGCUAUGGAAUGACAAGGUCUCGACGAUGACCGCUAUCUUUGGGCAGACCAUCAUGGCGCUGAUUAUUGGGAGUAUUUUCUAUAAUACUCCCAGUAAUACGCAGAGCUUCUUCCAGAAGGGUGGUGUUCUGUUUUUUGCGGUCCUGCUUAAUGCACUGAUGGCUGUCACGGAAAUUAAUAAGCUUUAUGAGCAGCGUCCGAUCGUGUCUAAGCAGGCAUCGUAUGCCUUCUAUCAUCCGUUUGCUGAAGCAAUGGCUGGCGUGGUGUCAGAUUUACCAGUCAAGUUUGUCAUUUCCACCGCCUUCAACAUUAUACUGUACUUCCUCGCUGGACUGCGGCGGACGCCAGGGCAAUUCUUCAUCUUCUUCCUGUUCAACUUCGUCGCCAUUUUCACGAUGAGCAUGGUCUUUCGUACCAUCGGAGCCACCACGCGAACCGAAGCCCAAGCCCAUGCGAUUGCCGGUGUCCUGGUUCUCGCCAUCGUCAUCUAUACCGGCUACGUCAUCCCAAGCCCGCUGAUGCACCCCUGGUUCAAAUGGAUCAUGUAUCUCAAUCCGGUUCAGUAUACCUUCGAAGCGCUCCUCGCCAACGAGCUGCACGGUCAGGACUUUGACUGCUCGCAGCUCGUUCCCGCCUACCCCGGUCUCUCCGGCCCAACCUUCGUUUGCGCAACCGCCGGCGCCGUCGCGGGCGAGCGCACCGUCAAUGGCGACCGUUUCCUCGCUGCCGCGUACGAUUACCACUUCAGCCAUGUGUGGCGCAACUUUGGUAUCCUGAUGGCUUUCACCAUCUUCUUCUUCUUCACGUACAUGCUCGCCACCGAGUUCAACAGCAACACUGAGAGCGCGGCCGAGGUCCUUGUGUUCCGCCGUGGCCAUGCGCCGAGGCAGAUGGUUGAGGGCGAGAAGGGGGCCAACACCGAUGAGGAGGUCCAGAACGGCGACGCGCUCGCGGUCGGCCGUAACGACGAGGCCGCUGAGAGGCAACAGGAUGAAACCGUCAAGGUCCUCGACCCGCAAACCGACGUCUUCAGCUGGAAAGAUGUAUGCUACGAUGUGCCCGUCAAGGGCGGUGAACGACGCCUCCUCGACCACGUCAGUGGCUGGGUCAAACCCGGUACCCUGACGGCACUGAUGGGUGUGUCGGGUGCGGGUAAGACAACGCUGCUCGAUGUGCUGGCGGGGCGCGUGUCCAUGGGUGUCAUUACAGGCGACAUGCUGGUAUCGGGCAAGGCGCGCGAUGCAUCAUUCCAGCGCAAGACCGGCUACGUUCAGCAGCAGGAUCUGCACCUGGAAACUUCGACCGUGCGCGAGGCACUUCGUUUCUCUGCUUACCUGCGUCAGCCGAAGAGCGUGUCGAAUAAGGAGAAGGAAGAAUUCGUGGAGGACGUCAUCAAGAUGCUUAAUAUGGAGGACUUCGCUGAGGCCGUUGUUGGUGUGCCCGGUGAGGGACUGAAUGUCGAGCAGCGCAAGUUGCUCACUAUUGGAGUCGAGCUUGCGGCGAAGCCGGGGCUGCUUCUAUUCUUGGAUGAGCCAACAUCGGGUCUUGAUUCGCAGUCUUCAUGGGCAAUUAUAGCAUUCCUGCGCAAGCUCGCGGAUAACGGACAGGCUGUUCUGGCGACUAUCCAUCAGCCUUCUGCAAUUCUCUUCCAAGAGUUCGACAGACUCCUUUUCCUCGCAAAGGGCGGUAGGACCGUGUACUUUGGGGAUAUUGGAAAGAACUCGGAGACCCUGCUUAGCUACUUUGAGAGAAACGGCGCGCCGCCGUGUGACCCAGAGGAGAACCCUGCCGAGUACAUGCUCACAAUGGUUGGUGCAGGUGCCUCCGGACAUGCAACGCAAGACUGGCACGAAGUCUGGAAACGGAGCGAGGAAUCUGUCAGUGUCCAACGCGAGCUCGCCCGCAUCAAGACAGAGAUGGGCUCUCAGCCUUCGCAAGAAGCUCAGGAUUCGCACAACGAAUUUGCUAUGCCAUUCUUAACGCAACUGUAUCACGUAACCACUCGCGUCUUUGCGCAGUACUGGCGCACGCCAGGCUACGUGUACAGUAAGUUCGUGCUCGGAGUCAUCUCGGCGCUGUUCAUCGGAUUCUCGUUCUUCCAUGCAGAUGCGUCGAUCCAGGGCCUGCAGGAUAUCAUCUUCUCGAUCUUCAUGUUGACGGCCAUUCUGUCAAGUAUGGUGCAGCAGAUCAUACCGCGCUUUGUCCUCCAGCGUGACUUGUACGAGGUGCGCGAGCGCCCCAGCAAGGCUUACUCCUGGGUUGCUUUCAUCACCGCCAACAUCCUCGUUGAGAUCCCCUACCAGGUCCUCCUUGGCAUCCUGGUCUUCGCCAGCUACUACUACCCCAUCUACACACUCGGCGGAUUCCAGUCAUCCGAGCGCCAGGGCCUUAUCCUGCUCUACUGCAUCCAGCUCUUCAUAUUCUCCAGCACCUACGCGCAUCUGCUCAUCGCUGCUCUGCCCGAUGCCGAAACCGCAGCCCGCAUCUCAACCCUUCUCUUCUCGCUCAUUCUUACCUUCAACGGUGUCUUCCAGCCUCCGCAGGCCCUUCCAGGCUUCUGGAUCUUCAUGUACCGCGUCUCCCCGUUCACGUACCUCGUAUCUGGUAUCGUCUCCACAGGCCUCCACGACCGCAAGAUCGUCUGCUCCGACCGCGAGCUGGCCGUCAUGCAGCCGCUGCCUGGCACGUCAUGUGGUGCCUAUCUCCAGAAAUACGCCACGGCAGCCCAAGGCCAAAUCAUGAACCCGUCGGCGAUGGCGAACUGCGAGUACUGUCCACUUACCGUGGCGGAUCAGCAGCUGAGCAUGAAUGGUAUUAGGUGGAGUGAGCGCUGGAGGAAUUUCGGGAUCGUGUGGGCCUACAUCAUAUUCAAUAUCUUCGGAGCUGUCGCCCUGUAUUACUUGUUCCGCGUGCGGAGGACUAGUGGCAGGACAGCGAGGCUUAUUGAGAAGGUUAAGGGGAUGGUAGGGGGCAAGAAAGAUAAGGGGGAGAAGGUUGAGCAGGUCGGUACGGGUGUGGAGAAUGGAACGAAGGAGGUUGUAGCCGAGCCAAGGGCUUGAGAAAAAGCAUAUUUCCUUUGUUUUGGAGUGAUUUUUUUCAAAAUAGUUUAAUGUUUUUUGAAAUUGGAUCUGGAUAGGUUGUGAGAACCAUGGCCAGAACAUAUCCAUAUACACUGUACAUACUACCUAAUAUCAAUUAGAAAAGUUUCCUUACUAGUGGAAUUUCACUUGUUUCCGUGA